AAAGAAUGAAACUUGCCAGCGUUAUUUGAUAGAUCAUUUUCCAGACUACUUUGAUACCGAGCCUAAGAGACUAAACUUUGACCAACGUCAAACAGGAUUUAUGGAUGAUUUGAUUCGAUUUCUAGGAAUGACGGUCAACGGUUCAAUAGAAGAUCUGUACGCCGUGCUUCACGAUUUGAGAUGUACAGAUGCAUGCCAUGUACUGCAAAAAUAUGUAACAGGCCACAGCACGUCCGUGAAAGAACAAGAAAACUACAUUGUAUUUGAUUGCGUUGAGAAACUACCACACGCCGUCACACAGAGACAAGAUGAGUUAGCGAUGGUCAGAGAAGGAUUUGACAAUCUUCGGUCGCAGUUGGGUGAGCACAGUUUACACUACGUGUGCAUUACUGGUCAUCUAGCUUCUGGCAAGACAGAGUUGGCUCGACAGUAUGUCAGCUGGUUGCUCAACAGGUGGAGAACAGACGCAGAAACAGAUGGCAACAAUCGAUAUUUGGCAGUCAUACUGAAAUCGAGUUCAUUGGAGGAGUUGGAGUCGGGUCUUUGUUGCUUUUGCUACCAGAUGGGAUGGCCUAUCGUUGCUGAGACGGUGGGACGCAUAAAUAACAAAGUCCGGAGAAUCAGCAUGUUGUUAGAGAACGUCGGUCACGUGUUUCUUAACAGUAAGGAGUGGAUUCUAGUUCUCGAUGAUAUGCAGCAGUCCACGUGGGAUGCGAUAUCUCCACUGUUGCCUCGUCUCGGAUCCGACUCUUGGGGCAACGGUAACGUCUUAAUUACUACAGAGAAAGCACUUGGCGAUACCGGAGACAGAAUGAGAGUGACGGAAAUAACUCCUAGGAUAAAACACAGUAAUGCUGUUCAGCUGUUUACUUCUCUAUCGGGAGUAGCAGACAAAUCGUUUGCAGAGAAGGUAAGCAACUUGCUAGAUUAUCACGUCGCGGCGAUAGCCAUUGCAGCGCAGUAUUGUCGUCGAUUUCCCGAGAUAUCACCCAAUCAAUAUAUCAGUUAUCUGGAGAACGAAAUCACGAAGACAGAAGAAGAUACUGUUCACGAAUUACCGCGAGUUCUCCAAGCGUCGUUGAAGCUAAUGCUGUCGGCAGCGGCUGAAGCGGACGACGCGUUUCGGUCCGUUAUACAGUUGUUGUCGGUUACCGGUCCGUAUUUGAUGCCCAACAAGCUACUUGAAGAGUUUGUGCGUCAGUGGCGUCCAAAGGGCAUGCUACCGGCCUUGCUGCGAUUCGUUCAACGUAAAACGGUGGCCGGCGACAUGGAAGACUACCAACUGUUUCUACGGUCUCGUAUGCCUUUUGAUGCUAAAGAAGCGGACGAGUCGAUUAGCGCCAUAUCUCUGCAUUCGUCGACUCGCCAUGUCGUGAACAAAAUCGAAGAAGAAAACGAUGCAGAGACCGAUCGGUACAAACUCUGGCUGUCGGCAAUUCAGUCAUCGGUUCAGUGCUGCGAUGUAGUCGAUCUGAUAUCGGGUCGAAAUAGGCGCGCCCAACUGCGCAGACUCCUUCUCCCGCACAUGCUACACAUGCUCUCAUCGAGUCAUUACGACGCGUCCACUGCAGUAGAAACCGUGGGAGAUGCAUGGCUCAUAUGCGCGGCAGGAAUCGAGGCUAUGGGAGGGCCGUGUAGAAUCGGUCACUGGACGACGGUCGAAAACAAAUUGGAACAACAACGAGAUUGCAUCGAGAACGCGCUGGCAGUCUACGACAAUCUGACCGGUAUACUUCCGGCUAAAGUAAUCGAAUGUCACCAUUUUCUGAGCGAGAUCUACGAGGGGUUGUUCCAGAUCGACGAGGCUAGAAGGCACGCUGAUAUGGCCGUAGAACUGAGCAGAGCCGGUCAGAGCACGCUGCGCCCUACCAACGUCGCUCGGGCGCUGAAAAUACUGGGACGGAUCAAUUUGGACAUGGGAAACAGCGAAGAGGCCGUCACGUACCUUCAAGAGAGCAGACGGCUGUUUCGACGACGACGGAAAAACCUUCAAGAGGCAUCCGUCGUCACACUCACGGCCCGUGCUUAUCACGACUUAGGAAAAAAUGAUGUAUCCCAGUCUCUUCUCAAAGAGGCGAAUACAUUGCUAGCUAGAACUAACACAACGGCAGUCGACGAGACUUCGCUUUGGAUUCGCUCUCAAAUUCUUGCCAGUCUCGGACGAUCCUACUUGGAACCGGAUUUCACCGAGGCUGCCAAAGCCAUCGAAUUUUUAGAAAAGAGUCUCGACAUCCGACUGCGCAUGUACGGAUAUCAACACUCGAUGUCAGCAUUGGCAAUGACCGCGCUAGGCAGAGCAUAUUUAGUAAACCAACAGCAUCUCGUUGCUAAAGCGAAACUCGAGAGAGCGCUCGAGAUUCAAAACCUCAUUCUUUAUCCGGGCCAUCCCGACAAGGCAAUGACGAUGCAAGUGUUGGGCAACGUCGAACGGAGAUGCGAGAACUUGUCCGAGGCGGUUCGCCUUCUCAAGCAGAGUCUGUCGAUGCGACAGCGGGUCUUCGGUCCGUCUCAUCACGAUGUGGCGUUCGUCGAGACCGAUCUGGCCGUCGUUCUACUGGAGAUGUCAAAAACGGCGGAGGCUCUUACCCUGUUGCUAGACGCACUCAAAAUUAAGUGUAAUCGUUUCGGAGAGCGUCACAUCGAAAUGGCCAUCGCGUACGGUUGUCUGCGAGAUGCGUAUCAAGCGAUGGGAGACGAAAAGAAUGCACAACGGUGUAAAGACUUGCAUUCAGACAUCAUGCAACAGAUAAGAAACGGAACGAGUAACACCUCGUCAUAACAGAGCACAUGUCUAGACGCCAUUUUAGUGAUGUUCCUUAUUGUGGAGUGACGGAUAGACACGCAACAUACAUUAUUUUGUAAAACCGGUUUUUUGAAGACAACAUUUUAUAUACUGAUGAUGUCACAAUUUACUGUGACUGUGUCGUUUUGUCUAUUAUAUUUUGGCUGUAUUUUUCGGCUGUUGCGCAGACUAUGUUACUAUUUCUAUGCGAUGUAGACGGCGUUUGUACGGCUGUUUUGAUGCCGCAACGUAGAACGAUGAAGAAAUACGCAGACAAAUACGUCGUCGUUCCAAUUUUUUUAUUGACUAAUAAGAUAUGUAAGAU